AUGAUAAAUACGAUUGCAAAACAAACCAAACAAACAUCGGCAAAUGAUGAUCGUGCCUCUGAAUGUUCAUCAACAACUAGUUCUAAACCACCUAUAUACCCUUUAACACCAACAGGCCAAGGGCGGCAUGGCUAUUCAACAAUUGGUUUAAAACAACGUGACCUGCGAGCGAAACUGCACAAAACACGAUAUGCACAAUCAUUAAGACAAACAAAUACAUCACCAACAAUGUCAGAUUCUCCAUCAUCACGACGUACACCCACAUUAUCACCACACCGGCCACCGCUAUCCAUGCCAAUGCCACCAAGCAAAAAGGAUGAGCCGAAUAGCGAACGAAGAAAUUAUGAUGACGAUGAAAAUGAUUCACUUUUUAGUGAACUACGUAUGAGUUCAGUACCAAAUAGUAAUUUUAGUCAAAGUGAUGCAAGAUUACCACCACCUGUACCGUCGAAUAUUACAAACAGAGUUCCGGAAUCAAAACUAAAUGGAAAAAAAAAUUCUAAUUUACCAUCAACAACCACUCUAUCACUAGAAGAGCAUCGAGUACAAGAAUCACUGGAUCGACUUGACCGACAAUUGAAAGAAGUUCAAUCAAAAGUUCGAUCUAAUUCUAAUUCAAGAGUACAAAAAAAUCAAAAACGAUAA